AUGAGAGAAACCACGACCAGCGUCACGGCCUCUGUGAAGGAGUGGGGCCACGGGCGAAGGAAACCCCAACCCAGAGGCCUGAGGUUCCUACAGAGCCUCUUCCACCGCCCCUGCAGCCCUGCUGCCUCGAUGGACGCGGCCCUGGAGAAGGCAGGCGUGACCACGCAGAAGAUCAAGCUAGAAGCAGCCAUCUCAUACCCUCUGGAGAGGGUCAGGUCCCUGCAGUACCAGUCACCCGAGACCCACAGUGACUGGCUCACCUCCAGGCCCAGAUCCAGGAGCACUAUGGUGUACAACCCAGCCGAUGGGGGAGACGAGGGGGCUACUUGGGCCACAGACGUCAACAACCCCCUCUCAGGGCAUCAGGAAACGGUUACCACCAGAUCUCCGACCAUGGGUCACUGGGCAGCGCGCUUCGAGUACAAAGUCCACCCCUGCCCGUUCGGCCACAUGCCCAAAGUCUCCAUGGAGAAGCUAGAGCCAGGGAAGAGCCAGCCAGAGAGCAACCAAGAUGGAGGUGAGGAGAAGCUGGAAGCGGAGGCUGAAGAUACUGGUGGAGGCCUUCUGCUUGUGGCAGAGGACAGGAUGAAUCCAUCACUGAGGUCUAAGAGCCUGAACACCAACCCCAGAAAAGUGAAGGCCAGAGGGGACUGGGCACAGAGAACCAAGUCAGACAGCAGUGUUAAAGACAUAACAGCUAUGUUAGUAGGGACUGGGAGACAGAGGUAG